AGUUACAGAAAAAAAAGUUCCAUCAUGAAUGACCCAGGUUUUCCAUCUCAACACACAACUACCACAACUACAACUACGGUUCAAACUAAUAUUAGGUUUGAUCCAACCUAUAUUAAGACAAUACCAGGAAUGCUAAAAAUUGCUGAAGUUGUUCUUAAUUUACUGGGAUUUAUUUGCAUCGAAGCCAGUGGUGUAUAUUCACAUGCAUCCAGAGGUUCAUGGUUUAAUUUUGUAUCGAUGACUGCAUUUUGGUUUACUGGUAUUUUAUUGGCUUUGUACUUGUUCCAUGUUAUUGAAGUAUCUUACAAAAUACCCUGGUUGAAAAUCGAAUUUGUUUUCUGUGCCCUAUGGACUCUCUUCUAUCUUAUAGCAGCCUCGUUGGCUGUCAGCUUUAACCAUGAAGCCUAUUCUGCUGCAGGGUUCUUUGGAUUCUGCGGCAUGGUCGCAUAUGGAUUUGAUGCUUUUCUCAAAUUCAAAAGUGUUAAAGAAGGACAACUUGCUCAGGGAGAAAGAGUAGUUAAUAAAGAAACAACAACAGUUACAACUGCUUAUUAAUUAGUAUUAUUGAUAUUUUAACAUGAAUCUAUUAUGGAAUGGUAAAACCAAAAAUAUCCUAUAAGAAUUGUUUACAAAUUUACUUUAUUGAGAUUUAUAAUUGUUAUUGUUUUUUAUUGAUAUAGCUAUAUCAUUUUUAAAAUGAUUAGGUAUUUCAAAAUUUAUUUUUCGAAUUUUAUAUAUACAGAAACUUU